AUGACUACACCUCUUAAGAAACACUGGCCCAAGAGGCCUGUCCUUGAUUACUCUAAAGAUGAAUUCAUACGUAUUAACGUCGGCACUGCGCCAAAUAUCGACACCUUUUACGUCUCCAAAAUUCGUCUUGCCUACUACUCACCUUACUUCCGGACAUCCUUGAAUUUUCCAAGAGAAGAUAGUCAGGUAAUCGAGCUUCCAGAUAUGUGUCCCAAGAUAUUUCGUCAUAUCGUUCAAUACAUGAACACUGGAACAAUUAUUAUCCCAGAGUCUAAUGAGGUCAUCGUAGACCACAACUAUCCCAAAAAUACACCAAGGGAACGGCACCUGAAUCUCCCUACACUUGCCCACAUUUGGUUUCUGGCUCACUAUCUUUUGAUUCCUCACAUUCAGAAUAUUGCUAUAUUUCUCAUGCAUGCACGUAUGAAAUAUAGCGCAGACACACGAGAAUUUAGUGUUGACGAAAUGAUUACUGCGCUGAACAUCGCAUGCGGUACCGACGGAACUAUAAUCGCAGAAGGCAAUGAUGUAAUAGACCUCUUACAGCUUUGGAUGAUUUGGGAUUCAGAUAUUGAUGAUUGGGCUCACGAUCAAAAGGAGCGAGUUCCGGGAAAGGUUUUAGAUAUCGUGGCAGCCACUUGGCGGAUGGAUCGCAACUCGCCAUACUACCAUGAUUAUUAUAUGCCAAGGGGAUAUGGGAUAGGUGAGGCAAAUGAUCAUUACGUCAAGGACAAGAUUGACGAGGGAGAUGUCGUGGAGGGACUGCCAGAGUUUCCACGGUAUAAAGAUUCAUAUGAGGAAGAUCGAAAGCAGAAGGAGAAACGGAAGUCAGAGCCGGGUUUUCAUUCGACAUAG